AUGGAUGAAAGAAAAAAAAUAAAAUAUAAAAAACCAACUAAAGUUAAAAGAUGGGAUGAAGCACUUUUAUUAAGUUCAAGUCCAGAAAAUACUGAAGAUGAAGAUGUAUUAAGAACUGAAUAAGAAAUUAAUAAAGUAACUGGUGGAACUAAUUUUACAAAAGCUGAUAUGGAAGAAAUUAAAUAGAGUCCAAUUUAUUGUGUUUGCAAUACUGAUUAAAAUCAAACAUUUUAUGAUUGGUAUAAUGAAGCUAAAAUUUAGAAAGCAACUUUAAAAACAGAUUUAUUAGUUGAUGUAAUGGAUGUUAUGAACAAUACAGAUAAAUAGAAAUCUGAAAAAAGUAAACCUGUUUAAAAAAGAACAGCUUAAUUAGCAAAGAAAUAAAUGAAAUUAAUAGAGAAAAAGAAAAAUGAACUAAUGAAAUAAGAUAAAGAUGAUAAAAUUAAAACUGUGAGAGGAAAAAUCAAAAUUGAUAAAGAAGUAUUCCCUGGUUGUUAUACUAAAUUCUUUGACAAAGAAGAUGAAGAUGAUUAUGAAGAUAGUCAAGAUAAUCCAAUAUAUUCAGCCAUUGAUGCAGAUCAAAUUUAUUAAAUUAUUAUGCAACAGAAAUAAGCACAAGAUAAUUGA